ACAAAAACGGUACACUAUAACUUUCAUAGAGGAAGGAUUUAUUGCAGUGCUGUUGUAUUAGACUGCAUUAGUUUAAGCUAGGUGUGCCUAAUAGGCAACUGAAUGUAUGUUCGCAAAGUGUCAGUGACGUUACAAUCAGAUAAAGCACAUCCAUAGACUGUACAACAAAAAUCCAAUGUGUUCUAUUCAUCCGGGUAUUGAUGUAAAUGGAACUGCGCAUGUGCCAAAAUGCUCCACCGCUUACACAGCAUUUCAUUGCGUGUUACGGGUGUCUGGUUAAUCUUUACAACAGUAAACAUGCUGUGUUUAAUAACUAAUCUUGUACUUUCUCGGAAUACUGGGAAAUUUCAUGAGAAUAAAGACUUACUUGUGUGAAAGUGGAGCGCUAAAGGAGAGAGGGGGGGGAUUUAUUUUCCUUCUGGUGGCGUGCACAUCGGCGACUGCACAGUGCCGACUCGGCAAAGAAGGGGGUUAUCAAUUGAAGUUUUGGGUUUGUUCUAUUUUGCUGAUCAAAACUUGCGUUUACGCCCGGGAUGUUGGGCACGUUAUAUAGGGAACUGCGAGCUGCGGCGAAACAGGCUCAGCUGCUGUCUGCUGUCAGACACGCACAGCCAUGGAGUCACAAGAUGCAGAUCCGUGCGUGUGCUGCGCUUCCAGCAACUUUACAGUUACUUGAAGACUGUCUUGUGCUCGACUAUGACGGGACGCCGAUGCAUUUUAAUUACGUGUGGCUGCGGGAUCACUGCCGCUCCGCCUCUUCAUACAACUCCACGACUAACCAGAGAAACCUGGACACUGGGAGUAUAGACCUCACUAUCCGUCCUGACAAUACAAGUUUGCAAGAUGGCCAUCUCGUCCUCACAUGGCCUGGUGGUCAUGUGUCAAAGUACAGCCUGAGCUGGCUAGCUGAGAACAGCUAUGAAGGAAAGAAGCAGAGCUCUGUCCAGCCACACAUCCUUUGGAAUUCAGACAUCUAUAAAAAUGCAAACAUACCUUCUGCAAAAUGGGACACAUUUAUGAGCUGUGAUGAUGAAGUAAAGAGGUUUCUUCAAAACUAUCUUCUGUAUGGGAUCGCUUUUGUAGAUGAUGUCCCAGCUACAGUUGAGGCCACAGAGGCAGUUACCCAGAAGGUCAGUCUUAUCAGGGAGACUACAUAUGGAAGAAUGUGGUGUUUUACUUCAGAUUUUUCCAGAGGAGACACUGCCUACAGCCAGCUGGCCUUGGACUGUCACACUGACACCUCAUACUUUCAUGAACCAUGUGGAAUCCAGGUUUUCCACUGCCUCAAGCAUGAGGGAACUGGGGGAAGGACACUACUUGUGGAUGGGUUCUACGCUGCUGAAAAAGUACGGCAGCAGUCUCCUGAAAACUUUGAGCUGCUUGCCCGUGUGCCCAUCAGGCACGAGUACAUUGAAAACACAGACAACCACCAAAACCACAUGAUAGGCAUCGGCCCUGUGCUCAGCGUCUAUCCCUGGAACAAUGAAAUAUACCAGAUCCGAUACAACAACUAUGACCGAUCAGUGAUAAAUACAGUCCCCCAUGACCUCGUUCAGCGAUGGUAUGUGGCGCAUCGAGAGCUGACAACAGAACUAAGGCGACCAGAGAACGAGCUGUGGGUGAAACUGAAUCCAGGGAAAGUGAUUUUCAUAGACAACUGGCGUGUCAUGCAUGGGAGGGAGUCUUUCACCGGCCUGAGGCAGCUCUGUGGAUGCUAUCUGACCAGAGACGACGUCCUCAGCACUGCACGCUGCUUUGGUCUGCAGAAAGCUGCGUCCAGAGUCCAAGAGUUCAAUUGACACUAGAAUUAUUGUAUUUUACAGUAGUGAGGUGUGUGCAUACGAUAAGUGUGUGUGUAGUAAGUUGCACCUCUCAGUCUACAUACAAACUUAUUUUAACAUGAUGAUUUUUAGAAUCACUGUCAAACACCUAUCUACAGAUAAGAUGUCGUCAUUAGAUAAGAAUGUGUUUGCUGACAUGCUUACUUAUAUACAAAUUCAUUCAUUGAUCGUUCAAUUGGCGGACUAAAAAUUAACUUCAAAUACUGAAGCCAGUGUGCAAAGGAACAAAUGUUUGCAACAAAACUUUGUUUAGAUUUAUAUGGAAGUAGUUUUGGAAAUGCCACAUUUAAUUUACAUAUUUGCACAAUGUAAGUUUGCUGCCACCUAGAUGAAACUUGAUAUUGUCAAUUAUGGUCACACUGGAAGAGCUACAUGACUCAGUGACUCAGAAAACACUAUUUUAUUUAAUCAGGAUCUUUGAACGUUAUUACAUAAAAAAGUCAUACUUCAUCCACAGCUGCUUGAUAGUUUGUAUUACCAAAGAUCAACUAAAAAUCGAUCUGGAAGCCCAUUGUUAUAUCCAUUAACUGGUAAAGGAUCCAGUUUUCUAUAGUAGUUGUAAUACUUAAGAUAUUUUAUCAUUUAAAAGAUUAAAUUUGAAUGUAUGCUUUUAUCAUUAGGUUUUAAAACACAUUAAUGUCUUAUAUUAAAAAAAAAGGAAUGGAAUGAG